AUCCUCUAUCCUCGUGCGGUAUCCGCCAUUUAUAAGAAUACGCAAAGUUUGUGCUCAUGAAGUGGUAUCGUCAAAAUACCAUUGAAACCGAUAAAAUAACUCACGAAUCGACAAAACGUUCGCGAAGUUCAAAAAGCCCGCCCGCGAAACGUGUUAUGGCCGGUAAGUUGUGUACCAAAUACCGUCGUUUGUUUCUGUUACAUCUUUAAUCCGUGACCCCAAUGAGGGAUAUGUGAAUCUCAUAAUUGCUACAUUCUGCUACUUCUUACUUUUCUUGACUGUUCUUUCGUAAAGAUGGAAGGGAAUGCAGAUGUUCAAUGGUGCUUCUCUCAAGUGAAAGGUACACUUGAUGAUGACGUGACAGAGGCUGAUAUUAUCUCUUGCGUAGAAUUCAAUCAUGAUGGAGAACUUCUGGCUACUGGCGAUAAAGGAGGGAGAGUUGUUAUAUUCCAACGCGAUCCUCUAUCAAAAGCAGUUCUUCCCAAACGGGGGGAAUAUACUGUUUACUCAACUUUCCAGUCUCAUGAACCAGAAUUUGAUUACUUGAAGAGCUUAGAGAUCGAAGAAAAAAUAAACAAAAUCAGAUGGUUGAAGAGGAAAAACCCAGCACAUUUUCUCUUGUCUACCAAUGAUAAAACAAUCAAAUUGUGGAAGGUCUCAGAGAGGGAUAAAAGAGUGGAAGGUUACAAUACGCGUUUAGAGAACGGUUCCAUGGUUGAUCCUACCGCUGUUAGUUCAUUACGUGUACCAAUAAUCAAACCUAUGGAGCUAAUGGUGGAAGCAUCUCCAAGGAGGAUCUUCGCCAAUGCACACACCUACCACAUCAACUCUAUUUCUGUUAACUCAGAUCAAGAGACUUACCUUUCUGCUGACGACCUUCGGAUCAAUUUGUGGCAUUUGGAAAUCACAGAUCAAAGUUUCAACAUAGUUGAUAUUAAGCCUACCAAUAUGGAGGAACUCACUGAAGUUAUAACUGCCGCAGAAUUCCAUCCUGUCGAGUGUAAUUUGUUUGUUUAUAGUAGCAGUAAAGGAACAAUUCGGUUGUGCGAUAUGAGAUCAUCGGCUCUCUGUGAUAGACAUAGCAAAUUGUUUGAAGAGCCAGAAGAUCCCACGAAUAGAAGUUUCUUUUCUGAAAUUAUCGCCAGUAUUUCAGAUGUUAAAUUAUCUAAUAGCGGCAGGUAUAUGAUUUCUAGAGACUAUUUAUCGGUCAAAGUGUGGGAUUUACAUAUGGAGACCAAACCAGUAGAAACUUAUCCAGUUCAUGAAUACUUACGAACAAAACUAUGUUCCCUAUAUGAAAAUGACUGCAUUUUCGACAAGUUUGAAUGUUGCUGGAAUGGAAACGAUUCAGCAAUAAUGACCGGUUCCUAUAAUAAUUUCUUCAGGAUGUUUGAUAGAUCGACAAAGAGGGAAGUUACAUUAGAAGCGUCUAGGGAUAUUGCAAAGCCGAAAACUUUGCUCAAGCCAAGGAAAGUUUGUACCGGAGGUAAAAGAAAAAAGGAUGAAAUAAGUGUGGAUUGUUUAGAUUUUAACAAGAAGAUACUACACACCGCUUGGCAUCCAACAGAAAACAUCAUAGCAGUUGCGGCAACUAAUAAUUUAUUUUUGUUUCAAGAUAAGUUUUAGCGUAAUUAAUUCUAUGUACUCGAAAAACAUUUACUUUGCUUUCCGUGAACCUCCAAAUUAAGUGAAUACCAAGUCGAUUUUAACACCGUCACGGAUUUAGUCCUGUGUAUGUUGAACCUUGAAUUUUAUACCAUCUUUUAAUGGAUCAUGGAAAUUCCAACUCAAUAGUUGACGUAUCUAUUGGGAUUUUAGUCCUUACCGUUUUCUGUGUAGAAAUGUAUUACGAGAUUAAAUCAAAAUGAAUUUUUACGGUUAUUGCACUAAAAGUUUUCUUUUAGUUUAUAUUUCAUCGCAGAAAACUGAAAAGCUGUGAAAUUUGAUGGGUUGGUUUUUCGUAUGAUCGCAUUUUUUUUUAUUUUAUUUUUUCAAGAGAGAUUCGCUGUUGAAUAUAUGCAUCGAUCUUAGAAGAAUGUCACGAAUUCGGCAAUAAAUGUUUUUGUGUAUCACAAAUCAAAUUAUUUCUUAUUUAAUCCCUCUGAUGUAUUGGAAUUUUUUCCUCGAGUGUAAAGAUUGAUUUCUUCUCAUUGUUAUCUGUUGGACUUUCACAGGAGAGUGUGUGGUUUUUAACAGCUGGAUAUCCAUCUCAAUUUGAAGAGUUUUUUUGCAUCGUUGAGUGUAGAGCAGUACUUAUCGAUGUUGUUGGAAACUGUACACUCUGUGAACAGCAGCAUCUUUAUUUUUAAAUUGUUUUAAUCUGCGUUGUGCCAUAUCACAUUUCCAAAAUGAAAAUCUUGAAAUUAAAACACAAUAUGGGUAGUUUGCAGCUCUUUUCCCUCCCCCUUUGCGCUCUUGAUCUGUAAUAGUCUUAGAUCUUCGAUUUAUCGGACUCGAUAAUGCUGCAUGUGAAAAAUUACCUCAAAGAUGAGCCAUUUUAUACUGAGAUGAAUGUAUUGAAUUGAUUGUAUUAUAUAUAUUAAGUUUUAUUGAUUCUUUUAUUUCUAUUCUUGUUUAAAGUGUAUUUCAGAUGAAAUGUUAUGGUACAGAUGAUUUACUGUGAUUGGAUGCCUCUUUUAUACACCAUGUCCACAAUUUAUGCAAAUACAUAUAAGAAUAUAUGAAAAAACCCGCAAUAAACAUCUAGUACCAAGAAUUCUUUGUACCUUUGAAUAUGUUUCCAUCUUUUACAUUUAGAAGAAUUAUUUACUUAAAAAUCUUGUUUUUUAAUAAAAAUAAAUUAAAGAACAUGUUUUUAACGAACAACAUUACUCAAAAAGAAUAUAAUGCACCAGUUUACUCAAAUCAAGGAAAUCCCUAACUCAAGAAGCAGAAAAUGUUGAAUUGGGUUUCUUUUACUCUGUUUUAAGUCGUAUUUGUGUUUUCUGUUUUCUACAGUAUUGGUGAAUUGCAGUUUCGUAUUCUUAUUACAAAGCUAGUUUAAGCAGAGCUCUAAAAAGUUUCAGCUGUUCUAGCCUUGGUCUAAUGAGUUUUAUCUGUGUUUUACCUAUAACUUCAGUAAGCUUUUUCAGUUAGAAAUUACAACCGACACUAAAUUCGUUCUGGUAUGGUAUAUACAGGGUGCUAUGUAAUAAGUGUCCGAUAUUUUACAUAACGAUUUUCUAGUUAUUUAUAAGGUGGAAAGUUCAUAUAAGCAUGGGUCUGGAAGGUCUUCAAUUUUGUGAUAGAGGGUGUCAAAAACUUACUCUCAUUUUGAUUUUUUUUUUUAAUUUUUAAAGUAAUGUCGAUAUUUGAACGAAAAUUGGUAUUUGGGGAUUUCUGACUAUGGGAAAUUCGAAUUUGAUCUUAAUUAUAGGGGGCGUCACCUACAGGUUUGGUCUCUUGAUGAAUUUUCGUACAAAUAUCGACAUUACUUUGAAAAUUAUUUACGAAAAUCUAAAAUUAAUGCUUAUAUGAACUUUUCACUUUAUAAAUAACUGAGGAAUCGUCCCACUAGGUGCAUCUUUGCUAAAGUGGAGGAUGUUAUGAAUGAUUGGCGAAAAACACAAAUAUUCCAAGAUCAACAGGACAGAAGAUUCAUCAAUCGUUUAUAGCUCGUUGUCGGAAGUAAUAGAUCGCACUUGAACUAAACCAGCCUGAAGUGAAAUUUUCUAUCAGAUUUACAAAUUUUAACCGAUUAGACCACAGCUAGAAUACUUUCAGCAUUAUAUUAAUCUAGUUUCAAAUUGAACUUGUAAAUGAAAGCAACUUUUUAUCAAACUGCAAUCACUAAAGUUAUGUAGAAAAUUGAUUAAUUUUCAAUCAAUCUGAAGAUAUUAUUAGUGAUGUCUUUUUAAUUUAGACAUUGCUGUGAUUAUUGGAUCUUAAGUGUAACUAUAGACAUUCAUUCUCAUUUUAUAAUGUUUUGUGAGGAAGGAAUAUUUAAAUGUGCAUAAGUGCUCACUAUGUGCACUAAAUGCUGAUUAAGUUCUUGAAGAAAUGUGGAAAAAUGAGGAAUUUUCUUUAUUUACAACUCUAAGUAAUGGAAGGAGAAAUUCAACUUUUAUUGAUGCCGUAAUUAUUUAUUGAGUAAUUAGUAAAAACUGAUUGGAAUGAUGCUUACACUCUUAUUUGGCCAACGUGAAACAAAUAUAAAUUGGCAGCUUCAAUAUCAUGAAGUUAAAUUGACUGUUAGGCUUUCAGUGUACAUAAUACUAGACUUUGAGGUAUUAACUGAUAUUCCAAAAUCUUUAAAAAACAUUGUAAAUCUUUGGUAUAAGAAAAAAUUACAGCUUAAAGAUGGUUGAAUAGAAAAAUGACUUGCUUCCUUGAGAAGUUUGAUUAUACCUAAUUGGCAGGGGUCACCUUUACUGUACAGUUUUUGUGGACAAUAAUCCAAGAUUACAUGAGGUCCUCGAAGUGUUUUAAUUUUGGUGUUCGUAUUUUGUUGAGAAGUGUACCUUUUUGGUGUCAUAAAGCAGAUUAUAUAUUUUUUUAAGCAAGUGUAGGUGGAAAAUAAUUUGCGAAGUACGUAUUAUACAUGAUUGUCUUAUUUAAUUUGAGCUGAGACUUUUUUCAUUCCUCCCACUUAUGGAAAUAAAAAUGACUUUUUCAAAAAGUCUGUACUGUAAUUGUAAAUAAAUUAAAAAGAUUGAAACCAA